AUGACGUCGCCGCCGCCGCCACAGGUACGACGAUCGUUGUGUGGGUCGGUGGGGUGGUGGGGUGCAGGGUCUUUCGGGGCGGGGGCGGCCCUCGCACCACCGCCGCCGCCCAGCCAGACGGCGAUUGGCCCGAAAAAAGCGCGGGAUCUUGGUCCCGCCGAAAAACGCGCGCCGUCGCCGUACGGGUCGUCGCACGCACGGCUUGACGGCGGCGGCGGCGGCGACCGAUCAGUAUCGCUACCUACACCGCCGCCGCCGCAUGUGCAGCGCCAGCGAGCACGACAGAUAAUUAUUACUAUUAUCGCCGCCGCCGCCGCCGUAGUCCGGACAAUCGCCGCAGCACGCGCGCGCCUACUUGCCGGCCGGUACCCGUCGUGCCCCGUCGUGCCCCGUCGACAGCCGACGCCCGACGCGCGCACGCGCAUACACCGCCGCCGCCGAGACACGGACCCGAGCGAAAGGGUCUGUCCGACCGGCGAGCGCUCUUCAGUCGUUGGACUACGCUCUACUCUUCCGGGUGUCGAGUGA